AUGAGGUUCGGAUUGCCCAGAUCACCCUCACCGUCUCCCGUUCGAGGGAGCCGUACCAAAACGAAAUCCACGACAAAGAAACGAGCUACGACACCCCAAACCAAGUCUAUCUCUGCACCAGUGAAGUCAACUUACAGACGCGGCACCUCCUUCGGUCUACGAGACGAUACCUCCUCCAGCUCUGACUCGGAUUCGAGUUCCUCAGACUCAGACGACUCCCACAUUCAUUACCCGAAGGAAUACAGUGACGAUGACGACCAGUUCCUCUAUGGAUCAGCCUCGUUCGAACACCAGUCAUCCUCCGACCCAGGCAGCUCGGACGAAUCGUUUGAAUUCAGCGUCUCGACCGGCCCUACAGGACAGAGGCUAGCAAAAGUCAAGAAGGACAAGGGGAAAGGGAAAGCUAUGGCACAAAGUAUGGACGGGCGGCGCAGCAGUAAGAAGCACCCCGUGAAGCUCGACGAGUCUGGCCUUCCGGUACUCCACCUCUCUCUUCGCAAGAGCCCAGAAAAGUCCCGUCAGGUGGAUGAGACAAUCGCCGCUAUCCGCUCACGAACGCGGUACGAGGAUCCAUAUGAGGAAUGGGAGAAGAACGUUAGGAAGGAGGCAUUCCGUACCGCUCGCAAAACCCUCUCGACAACCCAGAGUAAUCUAGAGGCGUCGCAUCAACAACUUCAAUCUCAAGCGCAGCAAGCGCUCCUUUCGCAACACCAAUCUCAAAUGCAGCAGGUUCAAUCCCAACUCCAAGCUAUGCGACUGCAACAGGAUAGGGAGGAGGCUCGAUUACGGGAAGAGUUGAAGAACCGAGACAAGCAGCUUUGGGAGAGAAUCGAACGGGUGAUCAGCAUUGAGGAGGGCAAGGUGCGGGCCAAGAUGGAGGAGGAGCGGAAGAAGCAAGAGGAGGCGAGGAAGAAACUGGAGGAGGAAGAGCGCAAGGAACGCGAAAGACUUGAGAAGAUCAAGGCUGAGCAGGAAAGGCAAAGGAAGGAGCAGGAGGCGAAGGAGGCAGAAAUAAGGAAGAAGAAGGAAGAGGAGGAAAGGGCGCGGAAAGAGGAGGAGGAAGAGAUCAGGAAGAUUGAGGAAGAGGAGAAGAGGUUAGAGGAGGAGAAACGCUUGAAGGGGGAGAAGGACAAACGAGAGCAAGAGGCUAGGGCGAAGCUCGGGUAUCGUUCUGGAGACGAGGAGUGGGCCAAUGCGCGUCUCAGUUUGCUGCAACUCAAGGACACCGUUCUUGCUCCCGUGAAAGCCGAUAAGGAGACGAAGAAGAGAUUCAAUGCGGUGCGCAGGCAAAUCACGCCGAAAGUGGGCCAGUUGACGAAUGACGAGGAGGCGAUCACGCGUAUUUCUAAUCAAUUGCAUUCCCUUGUCCAACCGACACCUCCGCACCCGCCAAUCAUCUACGCGGCCCUCUGCUCCUCCCUUGCCAAAGCAAUCAUUCUACAGGCAGAGACAGAGGUUACAGCAGAGAAGAAAGCCGCCAUACCUCUGGCUCGCGUGGCCUUUAACCUCCUCACAUCUCUGGACGGUGUCUUCCGUGAAGCCUUCUGGGCGAAACUGGUGCAGAGGACGGGUGGAUGGGUGAUACCCAGCGUGAUACCCUUCGAGAAGGACGUCGACGGUCGCAAGUGGGGCGAGGGUCCCAAAGGGCGUGGUCGGGGACGAGGUGGGGCUGGCGAGAGGUGGCUGAUUAUGGGUUACCGCCGGAGCGAGAAGGCGGGCGCCGGGGGCGGCGAGACCAGUAACGGCACCGGUCCUCCUAAAGACCUCGAAACCUCAGCGGAAUACGCUACCCGCCUCUCUGGUAUUAUGCGUGUCUAUUGGGAGAUUGUGAAGGUCCAAUGCAGGUACCCGGGGAAGCUGGCAUUUCCGGACGGCCCUGGUUGUGGACAGAGGUUGGCACCUGAGGCGCAGGCCAAGGGUGAGGGACAGAUGUUGCAGAGUCCGUAUAGCGUCUCGAGGUUCUGGAUGUGGUUUGCGAGGUUGAGCGCUGUGAGGCCGCUUUUGGAGACUGGAGUUGCAGCCGAGUUGGUUCAUACUGCUCUGGAAGUUAUGGGAGCUGAGGCAUGCGACAUCUGGGGCAGACAGUGGAUUAAAGUUCUGCGACUUUACUAUGAGGGAGCGACCACGGGUCUAUACCCCGAACGAGGAGCUAUCACUACCGGCAACGACCAGGACAAGACGAAAAAGGAGAACGCGAGGCUUGGCGGGAGCACUGCAGAGGGCAAGGCUGCGCGUGCGCGAGUGCAGAUGGAGAUUGAGAGGAUUGUGAGGGGCGAGAAUAAGAGUAUUUUGCGUUGA